UUCCAUCCGUGCGUCCCGGAGCCGUCCCUAGCCAGCACCGACCAUGUCGUUGGCGGCGUCGCGGGCGGACUGGGGCCCGGGGGCCGUGUGGUCGCCGACGCACGUCCAGGUGACGGUGCUGCAGGCCCGGGGCCUGCGCGCCAAGGGCCCCGGGGGCACGAGCGACGCGUACGCGGUGAUCCAGGUGGGCAAGGACAAGUACGCCACGUCGGUGUCGGAGCGCAGCCCGGGCGCGGCUGUGUGGCGGGAGGAGGCCACCUUCGAGCUGCCGCCGCUGCUGUCCGGCGGGGCCGCGAUCGCCAGCGCCAACGCCGCCGCCACCCUGCAGCUCACCGUGCUGCACCGCGCGCUGCUCGGCCUCGACAAGUUCCUGGGCCGCGCCGAGGUGGACUUGCGGGAGCUGCACCGGGACCAGGGCCGCAGGAAGACCCAGUGGUUUACCUUGAAAUCUAAACCAGGAAAGAAAGAAAAAGAACGAGGAGAAAUUGAGGUUGACAUCCAGUUUAUGAGAAACAAUAUGACUGCGAGCAUGUUUGACCUCUCCAUGAAAGACAAGUCUCGUAAUCCCUUUGGGAAGCUGAAGGACAAGCUCAAGGGGAAGAAUAAGGAUAAUGCAUCAGAUACGUCUUCUGCCAUUGUCCCCAGCACCAUGUCCUCUGUAGACAGCGAUGAUGAGUCUUUUGCAAAAGACAAGAAAAAGAAGUCUAAGAUAAAGACCCUUUUCUCCAAGUCUUCUUUGCAGAAAACAGCACUUUCCCAGUCCAUGUCUGUCCUUCCCACAUCCAAGUCAGACAAAGUGCUGCUUCGUCCUGGGGAUUUUCAGUCCCGAUGGGGGGAUGAUGAUGAGGAGGAAGAGCCUUCCUCAGCUGACUCCAAUGUCAUGUCUCACAAAAGAACAGCUAGUGCAGAUCACAAGCAGAUCAACCAGAUCAACUUCACCCUUCCUAAGAAAGACGGACUUUCUUUUCUUGGAGGCCUGCGGUCCAAGAAUGAUUUCCUUUCCCAUUCUAAUGUCUGUAUCAAUGGGAACCACGUUUACAUGGAGCAACCUGAAGCUAAGAAUGAAGCCAAGGACAGUUCAGCUUCCUCCUCCCCCUCACCUCAGAGCUCCAGGAAGAAGCAUUUGUUCUCAUCCACAGAAAACCUGGCUGCUCGGUCUUGGAAGGAAUUUGGGGAAGGAGGUGCAGUGUCUUCUGACAAGCGGCCCUCUGAGUCUCCUGGUAUGGACUCUCUGAAGUCCAUGUCUCUGCCACCCAACUAUUCUCCCACCAGCAGUGACAUCAGGGAGAGCCCCACUUCAUUUCUCGGGGAGACUGGCAGAGAAGCCAAAGAGACCAAGAAGCAGGAGGGCAAGAAGUCUUUUCUUUCCUUGGUGACAGGAAAGAAGGAUAUAGCAAGGACCAGCGACGGUGACAGUCCUCCUGCCAUCCCCAAGAGAGAGAAGGAAGUUAGACCAAAAGAGGACAGGGCCUGGCCUGUGGAAACACCUGUGAAAAGAGCUGAGAAAGACUCCAGUGUAGCUGUCUCUGGGAGGACAUCCCUGAACCCCUUUGAGGAAGCUCAAGUCACAGAACUGAAAGCUGGUCCAGAUUCCAAGUCAGAACCUACACCACUGGUGACCACUGCCAGGGCUCCUCAGACCAAAGCUGUCAAACCUCGACCCCAUCCUGUAAAGCCAAUGAAUACAACAGCCACCAAGAUCACUAACUCCAACUUGGGAACGGCCACUAUCAUCAGUGAGAACUUGAUCAAUGAAGCAAUGAUGAAGAAAUACAAUCCCUCGGACCCUGCUUUUGCAUAUGCGCAGCUGACACAUGAUGAGCUGAUCCAGUUGGUCCUUAAGCAGAAGGAAGCAAUAAGCAAGAAGGAGUUUCAGGUUCGAGAACUGGAAGACUACAUCGACAAUCUGCUAGUCCGGGUCAUGGAAGAAACCCCCAAUAUACUUCGAGUGCCAGGGCAGGUUGGCAAGAAAGCAGGAAAGAUGUAAAUCGCCAGCCUUUGGCACUAAGCCUUUGUGUGUUUGAGACUUUGUUCUCAGCUGCUCCUGAGGUCA